AUGUCUUCUCAAGUACGCGUCGCAGUUACCCAGGCAGAGCCUGUCUGGCUUGAUUUGGAAGCGACCGUGAAAAAGACGUGUGACCUUAUUGCGGAAGCAGCUGCGAAUGGCGCUCAGUUGGUUACUUUCCCCGAGUGUUGGAUCCCGGGAUAUCCUGCCUGGAUCUGGACACGGCCUGUUGACAUGCGUCUGUCAUCUACUUAUAUACAAAACUCCCUGAAAAUAGACUCCCCGCAGAUGGCCAGCAUCCAACAAUGUGCAGCGGAGAAUAAAAUAGUCGUUGUUUUGGGCUUUUCCGAGAACUUGCAUAACUCCCUGUAUAUCUCGCAGGCUAUUAUUGGAAGUGAUGGGAAGAUCCUCACCACCCGCAAGAAAAUCAAGCCCACUCAUAUGGAGCGAACCAUUUUCGGUGACUCGUUUGGAGACUGUCUGCAGAGUGUAGUCGACACAUCAGCCGGUCGCGUCGGUGCUCUUUCCUGCUGGGAGCACAUCCAGCCUCUGCUGAAAUAUCACACUUAUGCCCAGAGGGAACAGAUUCAUGUUGCCGCAUGGCCGCCUCUGCUCCCUCACAGCGAAGACGGUUCCUUGUUUUCGAUGUCCAGCGAGGGUACCAGUUCCAUUGCGAGGACAUAUGCUAUCGAAAGUCAGUCUUUUGUCCUUCAUACCACGACAGUGAUAGGCCAGUCGGGUGUUGACCGAAUGGCAACACAUGGUGGUGCUCUAAUGAGCACCCCUGGCGGAGGCUGCUCCGCCAUCUUCGGGCCUGACGGCCGCCAAUUAUCGCAGCCCAUUCCCAGCACAGAAGAGGGAAUCAUUUACGCCGACCUCGACUUGGAUCAUAUUUACCAAUCCAAAGCCUUUGUAGAUGUCUGUGGACACUAUAGCCGACCGGACCUUUUGUGGCUGGGUGUGGAGGGCAGUAUUAAGCGCCAUGUAAGGGAAAAUGCAGCUGCUAUGGCAGGAGAAGCGGAGCAGCAGGAGCAAUAGAAAGAUUGAGUGCCAGAGUGUCUUUGAGGAUCAAGAUAUCCUGAUUCUCUGCACUGCUUGACAGCGGAAUCCUAGGUGGCUGACAGCAAGCCGAAAACACACCCUUGAUUCCACUCUGCACCUAUAAAUAGCGAAAGUUCAAG